UAAUAUUUUUUCUAUCUACUUACUUAUUUACCUCAACUAUUUAUUUCCUUUUUUUGAAUGGCCAACGGGUAAAAGCCUUUACUUAUUUAGUUUUGCUCUUUUUUAGCUUUAUAUUAGCCUUAACCCUUUUCUUUCCCUCUUCACCCCUUUUUGUCCUUUUUUCUUCCCCCCUUCUUAUCAUCAUCAUCGUUUAUUUAUUUCCCACUGCUGUGUGUGUAUUUGGCUUUUUCUACUCCGUUUGUUUUGUCCCCCCUUUUUUCCUUUUAUUUUUUUGUCUGCGCUAAAGGGGUAAGGGGGUAUUUGCCCGGCUUUUCCUUAUUUUUUUGUGUUCAAUUUCUCCUCAAGUUUCAACUUCUGCUUUUCAUUGAAUUUUUAUUUAACACAAAAGAAAAAAGGGUCGUCGAGAGUGGAGGGCUUUGCACGCAAUUUAAUCAAUUCGUUUUUGUUUUUAAGUGGAUUGUUUAAAAUAAAUAAAAAAAAUAUUUCUUUAAAAGGAAGUACUCUUUAACGGAAAUUUCCUUAAAAUGUUAAAAGAAAAAUUUUUAAAAUGCCAAAACUUUCUAAUCCGGUAAAGUCCCUUCACUUCAACCCUCAUCCUUUCUCGCUUUUCCAUUUAACUCUUCCUUGAUAAAAUUUUCUUGUUUAUUUUUUUAUUUCCGUUAAUAAGUAAAAGUAGUUUUUAUUUACGUAUCCUUUACUAGGGUCGGGGACGGGGAAUUUUAAAAAUUCUCUCAAAUUCCCCGACUUUCGUGGACGGAAAACAAUCAUAUCCUUUACACUACAAUCUUCCAAAUAGUAAAACUCCUGUCUUUAUCAAUAACCCUUGUCUUUUCCAAAGGAAACUCUUCCCUAAUAGUUCCUUUAAUUAAUUUAGCUAUAAUUUAAUAAUAAUUAUGUUCAAAAGUGAUAAACUCCAACACCAAUCUUCUAAAAAAUCAAAAGAAAAAUUUUUAAAAGACCACCACCAACAACAUGGUGGGGCUUUUGUUAUUAAAAGACCCGCACAUUUACGUUCUGCUGUUAUUGAUAGUCCAGCAACUUCAUCUCAAAAUGAUUCUCAAAUUCUUAGUUCUCAUGUUCUUUUGGCAGUAUUCCCUUCAUUAGAAGAAUUUACACAUGAAAGAGAAGUUCUUCGGGGAGUCUUGACAGAUUUACAACAAUAUUUUUGUGAUUUAGACAUAGAAUUAGAAUGUUGUACUUUAUUUGAAAAAGGGGAUAUAUUGAAAUGUAUGGAUGAUUAUUUACUUUUGGCUGAUACUUUAUCUGGCCCGAAUAGUACAGCUUUAGUUUUUGUUGGUGAUAGAUAUGGAGAGGAAUUACUUCCUAUUGAGAUAUCUUCAUUUGAAUUUAAUGCAUUAAAAGAGGCAGCUUUAGAAUUAGCAGAUGAUGCUGGAUUACUUUUAGAACAAUUUUAUCAUUUAGACAGAACUAGGGAGCCUCAAGUAUAUCAAUUAAUUGCUAAUAGAGAUCCUGUUGGAGCUAGGAAAUUAUGUAAUGGAAUUAAGAGAUGUGCUGCUAGGGCUUUUGAAGAUGGAGCGUUUGGCCAUUUAAAUAUAACACAAGAGGAUCAAAAAAGCAAUACACAUUUUACAAAAUCUUUCAUAGAACUUUGCGCAAACGCCGCCAAGGCAAAUGCUCAUUCUUUGAUUAUCUCUAGACGCUUUGAAAAUAUACCAGCAGCUUCAAGUGGUAUGGAAAGGUUAAUGGACCCUUCUGGAUCAGAAGCAGCUAAAAGAUUAAAUUUUUAUAAGAACAAAAUAAGUUCUGCCAACAACAAAACAACAGAACAACAAUAUUUAUCUUUUUUAUUAGACCUAAAAGGUUUAAAUUUAAAUUCAUGGAGUCGAACACGUGAAGGAAUUAAUUACUUUAAAGAAUUAUCUUCUAAAUUAAUUGAAAAAAUAAAAACAAUAAUUUUAAAAAUAUAUCCAGAAUAUUUAAUUAAUGAACAACAACAACGCUUACUUCCACCAACACCUAAACUUUCUGUUUUAGAGCAACAAUUAAAAAUUGCUAGGGCAGAAGAAACAAUUCACAAUGCCCACCUUCUCUCUCGAACACCAAAAUAUUGGAUACCAAGAAAACGUUUAGAUACCCAAAUAGACUCCGUAAUAACCAAAAUCUCGCAACUUUUAAAAGAACAAAAUUCAAAUAAUUCAACUUUUUAUAUUCAAUUUUAUGGAUUGCCUGGAAGUGGAAAAACAGCAACUUUGUGUAGAUUAAGACAGUUAUUAGAAAAUAAAUUUGGAAAAAAAGAUGAGGAGGGUGGAAAUGAAAGUUCUUCUUUGCCCAAUUUUGUUUUUAUUACACGUUUUAUUCAUUUAACUGAUGGAGCUGUAUUUGCAAAUGAAAUGCUUCGGAAUAUUUUUCUUUCUGUUUGUGACAAAUUAAAAAGGCCAGAUUUAGCAACAGCUUUUAUCAAAGCUUUUCAUAUCAAAGCAAUUUUGGCAACAGCUAAAACAGCCUUUGGAACACAGCAAUCCCCAAUUAUUUUUAUUCUCUUAGAUGAUGUUAAUUUAAUUAAAUUUGGAAGAACUUUGGGAAGAAUUAAACAUAUUUUAAAGAAAUUAUUGCCAAAUAUAUGCUUUAUUUGUACUUCCUCUUUAAAUAUUUCUAUGCCUGUUUUUGCUCCUCAUACUAUGGAAUUAUUAGAAUUGGUAUCACCUACAUUGGAUGAGGCAAUUUCAAUACUUUGUGGAAUUACUAGUGAAACAGAAAAAAGUUCCUCGUUUAAAUUUACCUCUGAUCAAAUUGGCAUUCUUCGCAAAAUGUUACAAAAAAAUUCAGAUAUAAAUUUAGCAUUAGGGUUUAUUCAAAGAGAUGAAAUUAUUGGUGGUUAUGCUGAUGAUAUUUCUGAAACAAUUGAACAAUCUAUUGCAAAAGCAGAAUUUCAGUGUGGAACAGAUAAUGUUCGAAUAUUUUGUGAAUUCCUUUGUUGUGCUCCUUGUGGGCUAACUUCUUUGGAAUUAUUAGAUGCUUUUAGAAUGAGAAAUUAUGCUACUGGUUUUAUGUUUGAGCCUCAAGAUGUAUUAAGUGCCACUCCUUUACUUGUACUUAGACAACUGGGAUCUCUUCUAGAUUUUAUUAUAAUGGAUAGAAGAAGAGUUUAUUUUUUCCGCUCAACACAAUUUGCUCAAACAGUCCAGCAAAGAUAUUUACAAACCGCUGGAGAUAUUAAAUUAGCUAAUGAAACACUUGCAAAUAUUUUUCUAAAUCCGAAUGAAAAUUUAGAAAAUGGUAAUGAACAAGAAGCUUCUGCAAUGGCUAUGGUCUUCCCUAGACCGUUAUCUAAAGACGGAGGAAUGGGUAUUGAUAUAAGGAGAGCGAGGUGCGGAGUUGAAGCAUUAAAACGAGAAACUCUCUGUUCAUUUCCUUAUUUGGAAGCAACGUUUAGAGCUUUGGGGCUGGCUAGAUUUCUUUCUAUUUUUGAAGAGUGUUUACUUCAAAUAUUGGAUAAUGAUUUACUUUGUAAGUAUAAUUAUUUAAUUAUUAAUUCAAUCAUAACUAUGUUCUAUGUUACCUUCUAG